GUAAGUAGGCCCGACCGUGCCUCUCAGCCGCUGCAUCCUGCACCUAUUCCUUUCUCCUUCAGGCUUCAGGGACUUUACCGCGCAGACCAGGACCGCCGUCUGCCAGGGAGCGACCACGGCCCCGCUGGCUGGCUGCUAAUCUGCCCGUUUACCCAUGUCUUUCUUGCUGCCCACGCCCUGGGCUUGCACGUUUGAUGCCAACCAUCUCAAGUGCGAUACCUUACCUUACACAAGGUACCUUAGGUAAGGCACAUCUCGGUCCCAGAACAUCGUGAACCCCGCCAUCCAUGUCGUCGUCAACAUCCCCUACUCCGUAAUCCGUAUGCCUCCACUGUCAGCAACUUGCUCCCGUCAUUUGCAGGCUCCGGGCUGGGUACCACGGGUGCCUUGGCCGCCGGCCUCUUCUCUACCUUAGGCCCCGCCGGCACGCAUGGUCGGAUCGGGCACACAUAACCCGUACCCGUCUCGCCUUGCCUACCUAAGCAUUCAGAUCCUGUCAGCGUCCCUGCGGACUGCCUUCCUCCCCCUGGUCCAACCUUAACGUCUGCCGCCCACAGAGCCACUGCUCCGUGCCCCUCCGUUGUGGCCCGUGUCCCCCUGUUCGCGGUAAGCCCCUCCGACCCCGUAUGCAACAUGUGCUCCGUGCACCAUAACUGCAUGUGAGCUUUUGGCGGUACGGAUACGCGACGCGUCUUUGCUCUACAACGAUUCAACGACCAACAAUAGUGCCCAUCUCCGCUUAAGAUACUUCAGCCUCAGCUGCCGGGGUGAUUGACGACAUCUCCGAGGCUCAAGCAUCGCGAUAUCUCGUCCCCCCCACUCGCGAAGGUACGGGGAAAGUGCAGUGCAGUGCACUCGCGACACAUCAAAACACUGCCAGAUUUUUCUACACCUAUGCGCAAUGUUUUGACGGCCAUGGCACGCUUCUCAAUCCCAACUACAGGACGCUUGUCGUCGACAGUACGACUACCGCCCAACAACUCUUCCGUUCAAAAAGCUCUUGGCCGCUUAUCGCGUUCAUCCUUACUGUCUCUGGUCCUCGAAUGGCUCAGUGAUGAGAAUGUACCACUAUGCGCGCCUAUACUAGACGAAGAGGAUAAUGGUGACGGCCUCUACCCCCCGGCAUCAUCGGUUGAAGAGCUACGGACCACCUAUGCGGAUCUACAGUUCAGGAAAGGGUCCAAACGAGAGGUCAUUGACCGCAUCACCGACGGCGAUUGGAGUCAUGGCCUAACCCUAUACCAAAUGGCGCUGGCAGAUGCCCAAUACCUUCAAGACCACCCCACCUCGCAGAAAUGGAAUGCCUACCGUAUCAUGCCUCUUAAAGAGGCUUCAUACGUGGAUGAUGAAGAGCAGGCCCCAGAAGUCGACACUGCGUCUUUGACCCUUCCCCGGUUUCACCCAUCCACGUUCAUCCAAAACCUUCAGUCCCACGUAUUGCCCGACGUCAAAGCUCACUUCCAUUUUCAUCGACCCGAGGGGCUUACCCUCUCCGUCUUGCGCAUCUUCAUGAUCGAGUCUCCUUACAGCACGAGCAUGACUCAACUCGGAACUGGUCUCACGCAAUCCGACUCAGAUCUCGAUAGCUCACGCACAUUAUACAUCGCCUUUCCAGAUGCCUCGCCGUUCGUCUAUUUGUCCAAAGCUCAGACAGUUGGGUCUUUGGGAGCAAGCGAAUCUAAAAGCUUCCGCAGCCUGGUUGUCGAAGGCAUACCGAAGGCGCUUUCUCGACCGCGCGAACGGUACACGCUGAAACCAACAAACAUUACGACCAAGAACCUCGAUGCGCUGUUGCAAUCCAGAGGCGUUGGCCGAACGAACGCGGCAGGUGGCGGGUGGGACAUUUAUGCCGACAAGAAGAAGAAUGAUUCACCGCUUGACACCAUCUUACCAACACCGCCUCUGUCGGAAGAUUCAGCGGAUGACACCUCGGCUUCGGCGGCAAAGAGGGACUCCAAACGGAAAGCUGGCGCCGCUGAGACAGACGAAAAGUUUUACAAGAGAGCUCGUCUAUGUGCCCAGGCCAGAUUCGGCGAUACGGCCAAAAUCGAUGAUGGACUGGGUAUCGAGCGAGUAGACAUUGUCAUGGAGGAUCCUUUUCCUAGCAACAGCUCUCGAGCUGAGUCAGGUGCUGAAGAUCGGACCCGAACACAGUCGUCAGCUUGGGCCCCCAACGUCAAGCUGAUAUUGCACGGAUCACAUGUCUUCGCGGGCAUACGGCAGCUUGUGGAGAACGGCAUCAUAGAUGGAGAGCGAGUGCCGGGAUGGUUGACUGGGGAAGAAGGUGUCACAGUAGGGGCCGUACGGCAUGGCCGGAUCAGGGGCCAUAAAGGUUCUGGCAUAUGAAAUCCUCUCUGAAAGGAGGCUAUCGUAGGCCGCAGUCGUUGCGUUGCGCGUGUACUUUCAAUGAUCUUGAUACCCCCCC